GCGCACCGGCGGCACGGCGCAUGUAUCCGAUCAGUCUCUCCCCAUUCUCGGUUUCCGCUGCGUCUCGUCUGGUCCGAGUCGGAUGCUGGGUGCGAUCCAUCCCCGCGUCAAGAACACACCUCUGACGGACAAACCAUGGACAGCCUAGGCAGCCGCUGUAAGAUCGUGGUGGUGGGGGACACGCAGUGUGGGAAGACCGCUCUCCUGCACGUUUUCGCCAAGGACUGUUACCCAGAGAACUACGUCCCCACUGUGUUUGAAAACUACACGGCCAGCUUCGAGAUCGACAAGCAGCGGAUUGAGCUGAAUAUGUGGGACACGUCAGGUUCCUCUUAUUACGACAACGUGAGGCCGCUGGCGUAUCCUGACUCAGAUGCGGUACUCAUCUGUUUCGACAUCAGCCGCCCAGAGACUUUGGACAGUGUCAUAAAAAAGUGGCAAGGCGAGACCCAAGAGUUCUGUCCCAAUGCCAAGGUGGUGCUGGUGGGCUGCAAACUGGACAUGAGGACAGACGUCAACACCCUGAGGGAACUCUCCAAGCAGCGGCUCAUCCCCGUCACCCACGAACAGGGAAGCACGAUAGGUCGACAGAUGGGGGCGGUGGCCUACGUGGAGUGCACCUCCAAGGUUUCGGAGAACAGCGUCCGAGACGUGUUCCACAUCACCACGCUGGCGUCGGUGCAGCGGACGCAAAAGCCGCAGCUCAAACGCAGCAGUUCCCGCAGGGGCUUGAAGCGAGUGUCACAGCUCCCCCUGCCGCCGCUGCCGGGUCGGACUGAGCAGAUUGACCAGGCCCCGACCAUCAGGAAGGACCGAGCCAAGAGCUGCGUGCUCAUAUGAUGGCAAUUUGGACUAACUCUCCGGACACGUGGAAGCUGCGACAGCGGAAGUGUCGUCUCGUCCUGGGUAUUAAAGAAGAACUCAUUUCCUGAAACGGCUCAAAUGAAAGGAUGGUUCUGUGGCGGAGCGGGCGAUGAGGAGAGUGACGUGAGAGGAGCCAUGGUGAAGACGGACGUCUGUGGAUGAAACUGUCAAAGACAAUGUCGCUGAGCGCACAUGAGGACUAAAUGUCCAGCUUCGGCCUGUAGUUGCCUCCUGUCGCCAUAUCUGAGAGAGAAACUUGUAUGUACAGUCUUGCUGAAAAGGGAUUAGGUGAAACGAUGAGUCAAACCAAACAUUAGGAGCUGGAAAUGAGAUUUUGUGACACUGAUGGAAGUUCUGUGAAGGUGUGUGUGUGUGUGUUACAACCACAAGUGCAUUUUAAGAAUAAAGAAAAAUGCCACAGCACAGCCAACCUGAUGUUAUUUUGCUCAUUUUAACACCACUUUUCUCAACGACUCCAACUUGUGUCAGUUUCACUGAAGUUAAUGCUGUUGUCACUAUUUUAAAGUUGUUUCUUUGUGGAAAAUAAAGUGAGAAAAUGUUAGGGCUAUUUUGUUGUACUUUCACCAAAUUCUGAAAUAAAGCAGCAGCUUGACCCUACAGGGA